AUGACGCUCUCGACGGGCGCCAGUCUCAUUACGCUCUCGAUGCUUGUUAAUAAACUUGCCGGCCUAUACGGAAUUCUGGCGCUGUUUACGGGCUAUCAUCUCUCGCCCUUCCAGCUGACCAUGUACAUCUACUCCACCAUCGCACUCGUCCUUACCGCCUACCUCGCACAACACAUUCGAAAACAAUCACCCCUACAGUGUCUUGCGCUGGCUUGGUUCUACAUCCUCGACAGUAUCGUUAAUGCCGCAUAUACUGCCGUCUUCGCCGCGACAUGGUUCUUGGUGCUUGCACAACAUGACGCGGGAAAGACGGAUAAGCAGGGACCUGGCGCAUCGACCAUGGAUCAAGUAUCAGGGCUCACGGAUCCUCAGCUCAAUGUUUCAAGAGUGGAGGUCGUUGCUACACCCCAACCUCCCCUGGCGGGUUCUGGUCAGGAUGCCGUUGCCGCUGGAGUACCAGCAACCAACGCUGCGAGCAGCGGAAGCAACAGCGCAUUACAAUCGGCCGUGCUGGACAGUCAAAACAUGAAUUCUGUGGGCGUCAUCAUCGCCAUGUGGACCAUUCGCGCGUAUUUCUGUCUCAUCAUGCUCGCUUUCGCGCGUAUGGUGAUUCGACAGCAUAUCGCCUCCUCCGGUUCCAAAACCGGCAUCGAUUAUACCGCUGCAUCGACGAACCCCCAUUUAGCAGAGAACCCCUUCUCUGAGAGCAGGCCGGAGGGAAAGGGCUGGCGGGGCAAAUUCGGUCGAUUUAUGAUCAGCAUUGGCAGAAGUUACUGGUUGGGCAGUGACGAGGAUGAUAGCUGGAUGUACGGCAUGGGUGGGAAAUUCCGAAAGAGCGGUGUUGCUGGCGAGGACAGUGGGUUCAUGCUCAGUAAAAUUGAGAGCGGACCUACCGAGAGGGAGAGGAGGAGACGAUCGGGAACAGGACCCCCUGCGCCUGCCCCGGGUGUUGUUCCUGGUGUGCCUACGGUGGAGGGAGACAAGAUGACGUUGCAGAUCCCUCCGCAGAAUGUGUGA